UAAGACAAGAAAAAAUAAAUCAGUCUCAGGCUUUUAUUUGGGACACCACUCGUCAACAUCUGCCUCUGGUUUGGGAGUCUGCCAUACUGGUCUCGGGCUUGAACUUGUUUUCGGGAGGGUUCCUUUCCGGCCCCUUGCUUGUUUUGGGAGUCCGCCUCUUUGGCCUCAUUUUUUUGGCUUGAAAAACCGCCAAAACGGCCUCAGGCUUGGUUUGGGAGGCUGCUUCGUCAUCGUCAGAUUUUUAAAGUUGCCUUGUUGUCCUUGGACUUGGGACUGGUUUGGCAGUGUGCCGUGUCAGUCGUGGUCCUGGUUUUUGAGGCUGCCUUCUCAGCUGAGGUGCCUCGUUUGCUUUGGAUUUACAGCUAAAAAAAACUGCGUAUCAUCCUGAAGAGAUUGUAGCAGCCCAGAAAAAUGUUUGCAGCUGUAGUUAUUAUUUUCAGUGACUUUUUUAAACCACUAUUUUCAUCAGUGUCUGUAGGAUUGGGUCCCAUGUUGAUCACAUAAUGAAGUUCAAAAUGCUGGUACACAAGUUGUUGUGGCAUGUAGAUGGUAAUUUGAUGAGCCUUUGCAAUAUUCAUUGUUUCCUUUUCUGCAGAAGAGUGUUUAUCUCAAAAAGUUUAGAUCAGUGGAGAAAUGGCUCGAUCACAAUCACCCUAAAUACAGGUCUAUUGUUUGUACUGUUACUAGUUCAAAAUUCAGGGCCUCUUGCGCCUCAGGCUUAGGAGUGGCUUCUGAGGCCAUUUGGUUGGCAUUAGGCAUGGUUUUGGAAGUCUGCCAAGUCUGCCUCAGCCCUGGGAUUGGCUUGGGAAACCUGAGUCAUCGGCCUUAGGCUUGUGUAUGACUUGGAAUUCUGCUUCCUCACCCCAAGCUUGGCAGGAGAGGGAGCCACUUUGGCAUAUGGCCAACUACAUAUGACUAGCAUGCGGCCUAUAGAACUUUCUGUAUCUUCUGAACCCUGCUGCAACACCACCAUACACAGAUGAGGACAUUUUAACUCACAGAUUUUCAUUUCAGAAGAUCUCUGGGCUUUUAUAGUCACUUACACCAUGUUCACAGAAACAAGUGUUGGUCAAUUUUUCAAAUUUCAGGUAAAAGGAGUGCAGAAGAAGAAUGCUGUAAUUCAACAAUUUAUGGUUCAGAAGAUCAGACGAGGGCCAGCUGUAUUAGUAACAUUCAUAUCCAAAAACAAUAUUUAAUAUAUGAAUUUCAGGUAAGAGCACACUACAGCCCUGGUUGCAGGCAAAUGUUAAGUAAAAAGAAAGAUAUGAAAUUAUGUAUGGAGAUUUACUCAUUCAACAACCAUUGCUUGUUGCCACAGGAUUCUGAGUACAGCAUUCAGGAAUUUUCAGUUUUCUAGUUGUGCACUUCUGCAGUCAGUAUAACUAGUUACAUCAUACCUUGGCUACCAGAGACAUUGAUGUAAUACACUCAAGUUUUUAGAAACAGAAUUUUUUUGAAAAAAAAAAAAAAAAAAGAAAUAAUUAAAUUAAAAACUGUACAUAUUUUAUAUAAACAAUAAUUUAAUCAUGACAGGAAAUAAGACAAGAAAAUACUGAAUCAGUCUCAGGCUUUUAUUUGGGACACCACCCGUCAACCUCUGGCCUAGUUUGGGAGUUCGCAUCAUCUGCCUCUGGUUUGGGAGUCUGCAUCAUCUGUCUCUGGUUUGGGAGUCUGCCAUACUGGUCUCGGGCUUGAACUUGUUUUGGGAGGGUUCCUUUCCGGCCCCUGGCUUGUUUUGGGAGUCCGCCUCUUUGGCCUAAUGUUCUGGCUUGAAAAUCCGCCAAAACGGCCUCAGGCUUGGUUUGGGAGGCUGCUUCGUCAUCAUCAGAUUUUUGAGGUUGCCUUGUUGUCCUCGGACUUGGGACUGGUUUGGCAGUGUGCCGUGUCAGUCGUGGUCCUGGUUUUUGAGGCCGCCUUCUCAGCUGAGGUGCCUCGUUUGCCUCAGAUUUACAGCUGAAAAAAUCUGCGUAUCAUCCUGAAGACAUUGUAGCAGCCCAGAAAAAUGUCUGCAGCUGUAUUAAUUAUUUUCGUCAACUUUUUUAAACCACUAUCUUCAUCAGUGUCUGUAGGAUUGGGUCCCAGGUUGAUCACAUAAUGAGGUUCAAAAUGCUGGUACACAAGCCGUUGUGGCAUGUAGAUGGUAAUUUGAUGAACCUUUGCAAUAUUCAUUGUUUCUGUCAGCUGUUCAGGUUUUAGGAUCCAAGGCGGAUGCGAAGAAGAGCAGGGCCAGAAAAGCGAGCGUGCAGAGCCGAUUCAGGGAGCCGAAGUGCACGGAGCACGAGGAUGCCGAGCCGAAGUCGGAGCGCGUUGAGCGUGAGCAGAGCCGAGCUGGGACCCGGAACGCGUUGAGAUCGAGCAGCGCCGAGCUGGAAGUCGACAAGUGUUGCGCGCGAGCAGAGCAGAGCCGAGCCGGGCCGGGCCGGGUACCGGAGCGCGUUGAGCGUGAUCAGAGCAGAGCCGGGAACCGGAGCGCGUUCAGCGCAAGCAGAGCAGAGCUGUAACGCUGAGGGGAGAGUCUGGAAAACAGGCCCGGUUGGGAAGCCGGAGGACAGAAUAGUCCAACGGAAACAGGCCAUUAACCCUGCUGGAAUUUCCCCUCUGCUUUUUUACACUGGAUGCCAUGGACAUCAAUGCUGUGAACGCACUCUCAUUUGAGGACUUUUUGGAAAUAUUCGGGAACGUGAUUGAGAAAUGUCCUAUCAUUCCAGCUGCGAUAUGGAUCCAUCGUCCUUUCAAAAGCCUAGCGGACCUUGAGGCUCACAUCUCUGACUUCAUCGACAGUCUGCCUGAAGCAGGUAAGGAGGGAAUCCUGCGAUGCCACCCAGACCUGGCGGGCAGGGAGCUGCAGAGCGGUGCGUUAACCCGGGACUCACAGGAGGAGCAGCACGCGGCUGGAUUUACCGACCUGCGCCCCGAGGAGGUGUCGCACAUGCGCAGCCUCAACUCUGAGUACAAACAGCGCUUCGGCUUCCCUUUCGUCAUCUGCGCACGCCUGAGCGGCCAGCGCGACAUAACGCGCGAGCUGCAGCGCCGCCUCGGCGAAGGCCGCGAGGCGGAAAGAGAGCAUGCUAUCGGAGAGGUGAAGAAGAUAUGUGCACUGCGACUGCGCAACCUCGUGCUCUCUGACCCCCCGAACAAGCUCUGACCUCACGUCACGGGGCCGUGCAUGAACUCCACGUAGGCGAUCACGUCAGAAGCCGAGAUAAUUGAUUUGGCGUUUGCAUUGCAUUGCAGAAUUGAACACUAUGCAUAGUGCACUAUGAAGAAAGUGUCAGGACAACGUGCAUAGUGUCUUUUAAAGGCAUUAUAACAUGAAGUUAAAUGUAAUCACGCUCAUCAUCAAAACUAAAGUCCGUGUUUCGAACAUAUAAAUAAUGCAUGUCUUGUUAAUGAUGCAUCAUUAGAUAAUUAAUUACAAACAGCAAAAUGACAUCCUACCUCAAUCUCCUGUCAUGGAGAAUAUUUUCAUCGAAUGUCGUUCUGAAAAUGAUUUAAAUGCCUAAUGCCAUCUUCACCAAAAUCUGUUUAUUGGUGUGUGUUACUAAGUUUCACAGAACAUUGCAAAAUAAAAAUGCACGUGAUCAGCAUCAGAUGCACUGAUAAUGUACAGCAGCCUGGUUCAAAUAUACAAAAUAAUGCAGAACAUAACAUGAGAACAUAUAUAAUAUAACGUGAAAAAAUAUUUAGAUAAAUAUACAGUUUUAUAUGGCAAUCGCCUAGGAAUAAAUUAGACUAAUAUUUGCUAAAUCACCAUUAUCAGUAUUUUGUCAUUACAGUAUUCUAUAUGGAACUUUUGAAAGCUGAAAUAAAAAGGCAUUCUUAGGAAAAUAUAAAGUCGCUUACUGCCCUCUAGUGGCCAAAGCACAGACUGCAGGUCGCCUAAUAUCCAAGUACAGAUUUAACCAGACAGAAAUUCUACAUCUUUACUAAAAAUAAUAUCAGGGUUAGAAAUGUAUAUAUAUAUAUUACCAAUCAAUUUGUAUUUAAAUAUAGAAGUAUGGGAUGUGUGCAAAAAUGGCCCUCUCUGGAAUAUUACGAUGUGUGGUCUAGUAUAAAAACACCUGGCAGAAUAACGUCAUCAAGGUAUAAAAUAAAUUGGAUAUAAUAAAAAAAAAAAAAAAGAUUUGGAUUGUAUUAGGCAGGCCGCUUAAUCUGUAUUUUCAAAGUUAUAAAAAUGCCACUGCUUGUAAGUUAUACAAAUAAAAGAAAUUCUUGUGAGUAUUGCAGCAGUGAAUGAGAGGCUUGAAUAACAUUAUUACAGAUGUGCAUCAACAGUUUAACACAAAAAUCAGUUGAAAUGUAAUUGAACCAAAACUUGUAAAUGUAGAAUGCAUCAUCCAUGACCUGUAGAGGUCACUUUAUUGUUUAUAAUAAAAAAUCCAGCUUGGUCUAACUUUAAAGAGCAACUAAAGCAUAGGCCUAGAUUCCUCAAACUGGUGUAAUAAAUGCUUAACGGAAAUGCACAGUGGACAAACCAGUGCUUUUUCUUAUAUAUAGUUUUUAUAAAAUCUCACUUUUCAUUCUUGAGUGUAGUGAAGAUGGAAAAAUGACUUGCAGCUUGAAAACAUGGUCUACCACUAGGUCCAGUUCGGGACAUGUUUGGCAGCUGGUAUCUGCUCAGGACUUUCAGUAAACAGAUAAAAUCUGCAUCUCAUUUUAUUUUUUAAUAAAGAACUUUUAGCUCGGAUUAAAUGGUGUGUCCAGUGCACUAUUUUAUAAAAUACAUUUUGGUCAGGUGAGACACUGAAUCUCAUCUGUAUAUAUUUCAGAAAUAAGAAAUAAUUGAAUAAUUGAA